AUGGGUGACGCGGGAGGCCAUCACAAAGGCAUCCGAAUUGCCAUCGAUCGAGGCGGCACAUUCACAGAUUGUGUGGGAAACCCGGGGACGGGGCGCAUGGAAGAUGAUAUCAUUAUCAAGCUUCUGUCCGAGGACCCGGGCAACUACGACGAUGCGCCGCUGGAGGGGAUCCGACGACUGAUGGAGAGGUUUACAGGGCGGCAAAUCCCGCGAGGCGAGCCGCUCGACACCAGCGAGAUCGAAAGUAUCCGCAUGGGGACGACGGUAGCGACCAAUGCGCUGUUGGAACGCAAGGGCGAGAAGAUGGCCAUGCUGGUGACCCGAGGGUUCAAGGACUGUUUGGAGAUUGGCAACCAGUCGCGACCCAAGAUCUUUGAUCUCGCCAUCCGCCGGCCGGAUGUCUUGUAUCAAAAAGUUGUCGAGAUCGAUGAGCGUGUCACUUUGGAAGACUAUGCCGAAGACCCAUAUCGGAAUCAGACAAAAGUCGAAGCCAAGCACGAGGACCACAAGCAACACGAUCUCGUGCAAGGUCUGUCCGGCGAGGCCGUCCGGAUUCUACAGCGGCCAGAUGAAUCCAAGAUCAAAGAAUCACUUAAAGAGUUGUACGACGAAGGGUUCCGUAGCAUCGCCGUCUGUCUUAUGCAUGGCUACACCUUCCCGGCUCAUGAGGCACUCGUGGGAAAGCUGGCGCACGAGAUAGGCUUCCAGCACGUCAGCCUGAGCCAUGAGCUGAUGCCCAUGAUCAAACUGGUGCCGAGAGCGACAUCGGCAUGUGCAGAUGCCUAUCUCACACCGGCGAUCAAGAAGUACAUUGCUGGAUUUCAGGCCGGAUUCGAGGGCGGACUUGGCACUCAAAGUGUCAAGAAUGAAAAGGGCACCAAGGGCGCCAGAUGCGAGUUCAUGCAAUCUGACGGUGGUCUCGUGGACGUGGACAAGUUUUCGGGUCUCCGUGCAAUCUUGUCCGGUCCCGCCGGCGGCGUGGUCGGUUACGCUCUGACAUCCUACGACCCGGAGACCAAGAUCCCAGUCAUCGGAUUCGAUAUGGGAGGCACCAGCACCGACGUCAGCCGGUACGGUUCUGGCCGAUAUGAGCAUGUCUUUGAGACCACCACUGCUGGUGUCACCAUCCAGUCGCCUCAGCUAGAUAUCAACACAGUGGCCGCAGGAGGUGGAUCACGCCUGUUUUUCAGAAAUGGUCUGUUUGUCGUUGGACCCGAGUCAGCCGGUGCGCACCCGGGUCCGGCAUGUUAUAGAAAAGGAGGCCCUCUCACCGUCACGGAUGCCAACCUGUUUCUUGGCCGCCUGUUGCCCGAGUUCUUCCCCAAGAUCUUCGGCAAGCAUGAAAAUGAAGGACUCGAUCCCGAAGCCAGUAAGAAGCUCUUUGAAGAGCUCACCAACGAGAUCAACAGCAAGACUGACAAGAAGAUGUCGGCGGACGAGGUGGCUUAUGGGUUCAUCAAGAUCGCCAACGAGACCAUGACGAGACCGAUACGAUCCCUAACAGAAGCGAAAGGACAUGACACGUCGAACCAUCGGCUCGCUACAUUUGGCGGCGCUGGAGGCCAGCAUGCCGUGGCCAUUGCUGAAUCCCUCGGCAUCAGACAAAUCUUGAUUCAUCGCUACUCGUCUGUGCUAUCCGCCUAUGGGAUGGCGCUCGCGGACGUUGUCGACGAAAGCCAGGUUCCUGAAUCCCACGUCUGGGACCUGCAAGGCGGACACCGCGAGAAGCUGCAGGCCAAGAUGAACGAGCUCAAAGAGCGAUCGCGCAAGAAACUACAGGACCAAGGUUUCGAUGACGACUCCAUUGUCUACGAGGAGUACCUCAACAUGCGAUACCGAGGCACGGAAUCGGCGUUGAUGGUGAUCAAACCCAGCGCCGAAGAGGCAAAGGAGCUUUACGACGGCGACGACUGGGCGUUCGGCGCGGCAUUCGUACGCCAACACGAGCAAGAGUUCGGCUUCACUCUGCCCGACCGUGAUAUCAUCGUCGACGACGUGCGAGUCCGAGGCAUCGGCAAGUCCUUCAGAGGCAUGGCCAAGACGGUUGACCAGCAACUGAGGGAAAUCAAGCCCAAGGAAGUCGCCGCCGACAAGGCCCAUUCGACGUCCCAGGUCUAUUUCGAAGGUGGACGCAAAGACACCAAGAUCUACAAGCUCGAGGAUCUCGAGGUUGGUACGCGCGUGGCUGGUCCUGCCAUCAUCGCCGACGGCACUCAGACCCUGGUUGUGCCUCCAGGCGCAUCAGCAUUGGUUAUCGAGACACAUGUGGUGAUCAACAUCGGUGAUGAAGCGACUGCAAAGAAAGCCAACGCCAAGGAAGCCGAUCCGAUCCUCCUGUCUAUCUUCGCACACCGUUUCAUGGCUAUAGCGGAACAGAUGGGCCGCGCUCUGCAGAAGACGUCUGUUUCGACCAACGUCAAGGAGCGACUCGACUAUAGCUGCGCUCUUUUCGACGCCGAUGGCGGGUUAGUGGCCAAUGCACCCCAUUUGCCGGUUCAUCUUGGUAGCAUGUCGACGUGUGUGCGUACGCAGGCGGAGAUCUGGAAAGGCAAACUGAAGAAGGGAGACGUGGUCAUGUCCAAUCAUCCCGAAUACGGCGGCACACAUUUGCCCGACAUCACGGUCAUCACGCCUGCCUUUUCGCCAUCGGGAGACAUCUUGUUUUAUGUUGCAUCACGAGCCCACCACGCCGACAUUGGUGGCAUCCUUCCGGGAUCGAUGCCGCCGCAUUCGCGUGAGCUGUACCAAGAAGGCGCGGCGAUCAAGUCGGAAAAGCUUGUCUCGGAAGGCCAUUUCAAUGAGAAACGAUGCGUCGAGCUUCUCUACGACGAGCCGUCGCAGUAUCCGGACUGCAGUGGAACCCGCUGUCUGGCGGACAAUCUGAACGACUUGAAAGCCCAGGUUGCUGCCAACCAGAAGGGAAUCAGUUUGAUCAGCACUUUGAUCGAAGAAUAUGGCGAGGAUGUGGUUCAGUUCUACAUGCACAAUAUCCAGGACAACGCAGAGCAGUCGGUGCGUGAUUUGUUGAAGGAGGUCAGCAAGCGAUUCGAAGGCAAAGAUCUGCAAGCGACAGACUACAUGGACGACGGCAGCCCGAUAACCCUACGGAUCACGAUCGACGGGGAAAAGGGCGAGGCCGUCUUCGACUUCGAGGGAACAGGCCCAGAAGUAUAUGCCAACAUUAAUGCGCCCGAAGCAGUGACAUUCUCGGCCAUUAUCUACUGUCUAAGGUGCUUGAUCGACCAGGAUAUCCCGCUGAACCAGGGCUGUUUAAAGCCGGUUGACGUUCGCAUUCCAAAAGGCUGCUUCCUCAGUCCCAGCGAGAAGGCUGCCGUGGUGGGUGGAAACGUGCUUACAAGUCAGCGUGUUACCGAUGUGGUGUUCAAGUGCUUUGAGGCUUGCGCCGCCAGUCAGGGGUGCUGCAACAACCUGACAUUCGGGUUUGGAGGCAACACCAAAGGUGGUAAGCAGGAGAAAGGCUUUGGAUAUUACGAAACAAUCGCCGGUGGAAGCGGUGCCGGUAAGGACUGGGAGGGCACCAGUGGCGUUCAUGUGCACAUGACAAACACGAGAAUCACCGAUGCCGAGGUGUUUGAGCGACGGUAUCCAGUUAUCCUGAGAGAGUUCAGCCUCAGACCCGGCACUGGUGGUGUCGGACAGCAUCGAGGUGGAGACGGUGUCGUUCGCGACAUUGAGUUCCGGAUUCCUGUGCAGGUCAGUAUCCUCAGCGAGAGAAGAGUAUAUCACCCAUACGGUCUACACGGUGGCGGUGACGGUGCACGUGGUAAGAAUAUCUGGGUGAGAAAGGUCAAGAAAGUGCAGGCUUUGGGCACUGGCGGCGAACAUGAAGGACAACGUCGCGAGGAAGGCGAUAAUGGCGAGUAUGAAUACAGAUAUAUCAAUAUGGGGGCAAAGAACACUGCCAGCAUGCAGCCAGGUGAGAGGAUCAUUGUGAUGACACCUGGCGGUGGCGGCUACGGCAAAGUUGGUGAAGAAUCCAAGUUGCAGCCCAAGGAAGACCAUGAAAAGCAUUGGAAGAAAGGCAGCCUGGCCAGCAGACUAGCGGAGUGGGAGAGCAGUUCGUAA